AUGCCAAAACUCGCCUCAGUCAUCGCCCUCGUGGCAGCCUCGGCCGGCCUGGUCUUUGGCAAUCCCGUGCCCGACGGCCCCAAGCCCGCCAUGAUCGGCGUUCCCAUCAGCGACACCGCCGAGGCCGGCAGCGCAAACAUCCACCCUCGGGACGACCCCAAUUUUCUCGACUACGUCAACUGCAAUACCCUACCCGAGGGCGACUGUCACCUGGUGCUGGUCCUGGCUCAGAACGGACAGGACAUGGGUGGUCUUGUCAUCAAUAACAUAUGCGACCAGGUCAUCUCCGUCGCCCACUCGAUUCAUUGGGGCUCCAGGACUACCUUUGCUCGCAGUUCCCUUCCGGCCCCUCUUGUAGUCGAGCCGCACAAGAAUCAGACGUCCCUCUUCUGGUACAACGGGCAGCGAUGGCAGGAAAACAUGAAUGUAGGUGUCCUCCUGGAUUUGAUAUUGUAA